AUUGGUAAUAGCGCCGGAAGCCCCGCCCCACCCGGCGCGUGACGCAGCGCAGCGGUUGGUGGCGGCGACGGGUGAGGCGCUCGGGAACCGGAGGCUCUGGAGGCACCGGCUGAGCACGGUUGUGCGGCCGCAGCGAUGUCGGAGGGAGAGCCCAAGCAGGUGCCGAACGGCGGCUCCGACUCCAAGCCCGAGUCCGCCUCCUCUGGGCCGGGGCUGACGGCGGUGGCGGCGCCCGUGGCUCCCGCGGCGCCGCCGGAGGAGGAGGAGGAGGAGGAAGAGGAGAGCGAGGACGAAUCCGAGAUCUUGGAGGAGUCGCCGUGCGGUCGCUGGCAGAAACGAAGGGAGGAGGUGAACCAGCGCAAUGUCCCAGGGAUCGACAGUGCCUACCUGGCCAUGGAUACGGAGGAGGGUGUGGAAGUCGUCUGGAAUGAGGUUCAGUUUUCUGAGAGGAAGAACUUUAAGCUUCAGGAAGAAAAGGUUAAAGCAGUGUUUGACAACUUAAUUCAGCUAGAACACCUGAACAUUGUGAAGUUUCACAAGUACUGGGCCGACGUGAAGGAGAACAAGGCCAGGGUGAUCUUCAUCACGGAGUACAUGUCCUCGGGGAGCCUGAAGCAGUUCCUCAAGAAGACAAAGAAGAACCACAAAACUAUGAAUGAAAAGGCCUGGAAGCGAUGGUGCACUCAGAUCCUCUCCGCUCUCAGCUACCUCCACUCCUGUGAUCCCCCCAUCAUCCACGGAAACCUGACCUGUGACACCAUCUUUAUUCAGCACAAUGGGCUCAUCAAGAUUGGGUCAGUGGCACCGGACACAAUUAACAACCACGUGAAGACCUGUCGUGAGGAGCAGAAGAACCUGCACUUCUUUGCCCCAGAAUAUGGAGAAGUUGCCAAUGUGACCACCGCGGUGGACAUUUACUCCUUUGGGAUGUGUGCGUUGGAGAUGGCAGUGCUGGAGAUCCAGGGUAACGGGGAGUCGUCGUAUGUGCCGCAGGAGGCCAUCAACAGUGCCAUCCAGCUGCUGGAGGACCCGCUGCAGAGGGAGUUCAUUCAGAAGUGUCUGGAGCAGGACCCCAGCAGGCGUCCUACGGCUCGGGAGCUCCUUUUCCACCAGGCAUUGUUCGAGGUGCCGUCGCUAAAGCUGCUGGCUGCUCACUGCAUUGUUGGACAUCAGCAUAUGAUUCCUGAAAAUGCUUUAGAGGAAAUGACGAAAAACCUUGACAUGAGCGCGGUGUUGGCAGAGAUUAACCACGAGGACAGGGAAGGAGUCAAGAUGAUUUUUUCUCAGUCACCAGCACUGGAGCUGGACAAGUUCCUGGAGGAUGUCAGGAAUGGUAUCUACCCGCUCACGGCCUUUGGGAUGCCGCGUCCCCAGCAGCCCCAGCAGGUGGUGGUGAAAUCUCCCAUUGCUCCACCAUCAGUGAAAACGCCGACCCCAGAGCCUGCUGAGGUGGAGACGCGGAAGGUGGUACUGAUGCAGUGCAACAUCGAGUCUGUGGAGGAGGGUGUGAAGCACCACUUGACACUGCUGCUGAAACUGGAAGACAAGUUGAACCGACACUUAAGCUGUGACCUGCAGCCCAAUGACAACAUCCAGGAGCUGGCAGCUGAACUGGUCCAGCUUGGAUUCAUCAGUGAGGCCGACCAGAGCCGACUGACCUGUUUACUUGAAGAGGCGUUUAGCAAGUUCUACUACACCCGCAAUGGGGCCCUGACGGCUGUCACCGUGUCAUCGUAGCGGCUCUCAGCGCGGCUUCGCUGCCUGUGACCCCUUUGUCUCUGUCCACCACUGUCGGGCGCAUCCGCAAGACCCCAGCUGCAGUGCUUGGAAGCUCCCCCUGCAUGUGCCGCGGCCGGGCUCGGCGCCGAUCCUCCUUGCCUGCCUGUGCCGGGGGACAACACGCAUCAGUAUUAUUUCCAGCCCUGGUUGUGUUGGGAUUGUGCCAGGUGGUGCCGGGGAGCCGGGUCCUGGCGUGGGGAAUUCUCUCGCCCCGUUGAUGUGCAUGGAGUCUGUUCUGUUGGAAUUGUACAAAGUGUCUUUUGCACAGCACAGGAAUGUUUGGGUUUUUUUCUUUC